CAUAAAUACAAAUGGCGAAUGGUGUAAUUGUUAAUUCGGCUUUUCAUUUAUCAUUAUUUUGAACAAAUAACGGCUCUUAAUUUUAUAAAUUAAUUAUUAAAAUCAUAGUAUUUCGUUGCUAAACUAAUUGUAAUACAAUUUCUUUUUUAUUUUCGUUAUUAUUGAUAAGAAACGAAAUAUGGAGGUUGAAGGAAAAACUGUGGCAAGCGUACAGGACGCGUCGUUCUUGAAAAAAGAAUCGGUCGUCGUAGACGAAAAAUUCAACAACGCCACUGCUGAGAAAAGUGUGGUGUCGGCCUGCCUCGCUUCUGCUACUGAACUCAAAAAAUCUGUAGCUGAUUGUAGUUCAACGAUGAACGAAGAUCAAUCUUCUGAAGAGAAGGAUGACUUGUUGGAGCAAAUCGAAGAAGUUUGCAAUGACAAUGUUAAAAGCUCUGAAGAUAUAAGUAAAACAUCAGAGAAAGAGUUUUUCAAGAAGAUAGAAGAAAUGGAAAAAAAUGAUAAGAAAGUUAAUGAAACUGCUUCGAAAAUGGAUACAAAUAUCGCUAUGGAGUUAAAAGCUAAAAAUAUUAUUGAGUGCGAGGCUUCAGCAGUUGAUGAUGUUGUGGUUGGGGAUAAAAUUCUCGAUGUAAAAGAAGACAUAGCGACGGCAAAGAACGAACCAAUAGCCACGUCCAGUGUAGAUAUUAAAGUUCUUACACCAAUUUCAAUAGAUACAAAGUUGGAAGCAAGUCUAGAAAAACCAUCUAAUGAAGUGGGUGACGAUGAAGACGCUCUGGUUUCCAUUUCAAAUACACCUAAGAUUGAAAAUAAGUUGUCAAUAAGCGAAAAGUCAAAUGAACACAAUAAAGUUUUUGUUACUGAUUUGCCAGUAGAGUCUACAGAAACGGCAGCUUCACUAAUUCCCGAAGAAAAAAAAGAUAUCGAAAAGAUGGACAUAGUUGAAGAAAACAUUAUGGAAGUUGAUGAAGCGAAAGCAGCCAGAGGUAUGGACGAUAACAAUGAACACAUGGAAGUGGGUAGCGUGAAGGAAUCUGUGUCGCUGGAUGAUAACGUGGAAAUGCUAACUGAAGAAAACGUGUUAGACAAUUUGGCAAAGCCAAAAGCAGAAUCUGCAUUCAGAGAUUUGGACAAGGAAGAUGUUUUAACGGCCAAAACGAGCGAUCAAAAAACUGGAAAAAACACAUGCGCCGAUAAAAUUUCUUUUGAUACCGCAAAGUCUAUUAAUAGCAACAUCAAACCCGAGGUCAUGAAAGAGGCAACAGAAGACAACGCACAAAAAACGGAAGCAGCACCAAUAAAAGUUGUCAAUAAUAAAAAUGAUGAUACAAAAGUCGAUUUUGUGCCUGAAGAAUCAAUAAAUAAACCAGCCGAAAACAAAAUUUUGCUUGACUUAAAACCAAAAACAAAAGAUAAUAUUGUUUCCAGCAGUUUAGUAAAUACGCCGGUUUCAUCGUCGAAUGUAUUUAAUAGUACUCCUAUUCAAAAGCAGUUUGAAAUAUCAUCAGAAAAUGUAAGCAAAAUAUCUAAUACUGCUGAACUAAGCCAUACUGAGAAGGAGGAAGAAGCAACAUCCACAAAACCUUUGAUAAAAAGUUUUGAAGAUUCGACAACUGAAAGUGGAACAUGUGCAACGAGUGAAACUGAUCAACCUUCAUCUGAUGGUACAAUGAAAAAAUACAUUGAUGCUAUAAAAAAAUACAAUGGAUUGCCUGAUACAACAACCGAUGAAGAAGAGACUUCAACACCGGGAAAAAAUAAAAACUCUAAUGAAAAGUUUGAAAUAAAAAUAUCUAAUCUUUCUGGGUCGGAUUUGAAAAAAGAUAGCAAAUACGAGGUCAAUGUUUGUUGUGAGAAAAAUGAUGUACGGUACCUAUCGAUUGAACGUGUCGAUCUUUCUAGUAAUAAAAAUACAAGCGAAACUGAUAAGCCCUCUGCAUCAGAGAGUUCAAUUCAAAGUUCAUCUAAUGGCAGCGUUACCAGUUUACCAGCAUAUUCAUUGCCGCAAACAGUAGAUACCCCACCAUCGGCAUCAACAUCGUCUUCAAUAAACUGUAACAGUAUAAUAAUAUCGCAAAAUAAACACACCAUACUAGGCAUUGAAGAACUUUGCAAUUUCAUGAUAAAUCAAUUUACUAAAAUCAAAAACGCUGUUAAUCCUGAUAGUAAAAAAGAAGCAGCUGUACUUUUAGAAGAGAAUACUCCAACUCAUCAAAUAAAAAAAAAUAAAAAGAUUAGUCCUGCGGAGACUCCAUCAACGUCUGGGAGUAAAUCAAAACGUGCACGCAAAAGAUCUAUGCAAGAAGACGACGUUGAGAGCACUCCUAAGGCAAAGCAAGUGAAGCGAGACAUCAAUAAAGAAACUCCAAAAGGGCAUGAGGCGGAAAGUACGGAGUCGAAAGCUGGUCCAUGUGUUCUUGCUAAAUGGGUAGACAAGAAGUUCUAUGCAGGAAAAAUAACCGGUGAAAAACCCGGCAAGAAAUAUGUUGUGCUCUUUGAGGAUGGAGCCUCCAAAACACUCCCAAGAGAAUCAAUAGUUUUUGGAGAAGGUGACACAUUGCCACUACAAGAUCAACACAUUUACGCGUUAGUGGAUGAAGAUUACGAAAGCGGUAUUGUUUUGUCAAUAGAAAAGUCCAACAACAAAGUUUACUACCAGGUAAAGACAGAAAAUACAACGGUAAAAGUUACCGCUUCCGACAUAUAUUUGGAAGUUGACCAAGCUAAAGAAAUACAAAAGAUUCAAAACGUUAAUAAAGUCAGCGAAGGUGUGGAAGAAGAAGAUUCCUCUGGCACCAGACCAUCUCGGAAUAAGAGGCCACCAGCAUCACCUAGUACUCCAGAAGCGGGAUAUUCCGGGGCCGUUGGUAAAAGGGGCGGAAAGAGACAAAAAAGAUUGCCAUUUAAUUCGGUACCUCCAAAACGUGUUUCGGAGGAUAGCGACAGCUCGGAUACGCUUGAAUCCACACCACCUGUUUCUCCAAAGGAAAAACCUGGAUUGGAAUUAGUUGAGGGGGUACAACCAGAAUUGCAGAAUUCAGCAAAUGAUUCCGAACUAGCCCGGAUGAUAUUUAUAUCUGAUUACAAGAAAAGCCAACCGAAUUGUGAUAUUGAUGAACUUUUAGGGCCUCUGGCGAAAUCAAGUACACUCUUUCGCAAUAAGCACUUUCUCCUUACAUGUACAGUUGGCUUAAGACCACACCGAUAUCAACAAGAAAGGACGGAAAACGAUGAAAACAACAGAUUUAAGCAAUUUUCUGGUGUUCCAUACGUUAAACGUUACAUUCAGAAGCAGUUGGAAGCGGGUGGAGCUAAAAUAUAUAAUUAUUUUGAAGAUGUUCCUAAAAAUAAAUACAAACAGUGCAAGUUGAUAGCACCUAGACCAUGUAUUACGGCUAAAUAUGUCCAAUGCAUAGCAUCAGACAUUCAAGCCAUUUCUCACGAUUGGGUGGUAGAUAGUUGCCGGCAUAAUAAGCUAGCUGAUUUGAAUAAGUACCAACUUCCAGCUGGAUGGUCAAUAUUAGCAGAAAAAUUUGUUCAAUGGAAAAUUGGGAAAAAUAAUCCAAUAAGAUUAAGUGGGCAACCUUUUACAAAAACAUUUGUGCUUAUUGCCGGCGAACACAGCGACUUUGUUGAACUUUGGGGACGUGUUUGUAAGGCGGCGGGAGCAAAGCUCCGAAUUAUUAAGUCGCUUGAUGAUAUUACUCCAACAACUAGUGGCUACAUGGUUGCAGAAUCUGAUUUUUCGCAUUCGAUUAAAGCAAAAGCUCAAUAUUAUGGCAUUCCUGUUGUUUCAACUGUUUGGGUUGUACAGUCGCUUAUUAUGGGAGCUAUUUGCCCACCUAAUAGCCAUUCUAAAUUAUCGCAACUAUUUGAAGAUGAAGAAAUCUAGAUCUAACUUCAAUGAAUAAAAAAUGUCAUUAUGUAAUAUAUGAACGUGUUAACGAACUAAAAAUGUAAUUUAGAAUAAAUACAUACAUGUAUUCAAUUAUUAUUUUUCUGCAGAAAUUGUAUUUUAGAUUA